AUAUGCGCGGAGGUGGGCUGCCAUUUGUCUCUUGCCCUGUCGUCGUCGUCGUCUUCUCAAUUCUUUGUUACAGAGAGAAGCUCGGCCAGAGCUAAGAGACAAAAAUGGGGCAUUUCAAUACGCGUGUGGCCGUAUCUGCGCCACUCGCCAGGUGAGGCUCAUCCUCCUUCCCUCCCCCGCUCCCGUGACUACUUGCUUCAUCCUCUGGUCGCCCCCGCCGACUCCCACUUCCAUUUCCAUUUCCGAUUCUGUUUCUUCCCAGGGCUCCUGCCUCCUCAGUUAUAUAUAUAAUUUCUGUCCCUUUCGAUGUGAUAGAUACAAUAUUCUAUAAGAAUUCUGGUUUUGGAUUUUAUUUCAUAGCCUUAUGUGAUUUAGAUUGAAGUUUAUUGGGAGUUUCUUGCCAGUUGGAGACUCUGUGGUGUGGUUUGUGCGGCGAUGGUUUCAAUUUAGGGUUUAAUCAUUCAUUCCAUCUGGGGACUUCUUUGCGUUUGGUGUUUUUAUUCUAUUAUUGUAGAAUUUGGAUUUGGAUUUCGCAAUUGUUUUGUAUCGCCCCAAGUAUUUAGAUAGUUCGUACAGAACUUUCUAGGGUUUAGGGUUCUUCUACCUCUCGCCUCCUUUUCAUCUCAAAUUCCCUGUUAUUGCUAUUUGCUGUUUGUUUUCCAAUCCAGCAAUCUCUAACUAUCAGAUUAUCUGAGUUUUGUGUGUCAACUCGAAAUUGAGCUGAAAUUUUCUGUCCUGAAAUUGUGUGUGCCUCUGUUUGUUUCGAUUUAGCUCUGUAGUUUAUUGGUUUAUAGCUGCUGAGGAUGUCUUCUUGCUUGAGUGGAAGUGGAAGAGCAUUCGGAUUAGACCUUGAGAUCAUCAAAUCCCCCACAGCUUCAUGGACUUCAACAAACUCAUCUUCUCUGUCAGAAUCCCGAAAUUCCCCUAUUUCAAUCUCCACAAGAAAGGCAAGAACCCCUCGGAAAAGGCCGAAUCAAGUCUAUGAUGAAGCUGCAGCAAUUCUUUCCACAGCUUAUCCCAAAUUGUUCCCCACCAAACACCUCUCCAAACCUUGCAAAUUCCCCAACCUCCCAACCCCCUACUUGUUGGAACCCCUGGAUUUACUCAUGCCUUUCCUUGAUGGCUCGGGAUGUUCGCGAGAAAGAUCAAAUGUCCCUGCCAAAAGGAAAGGGUUGAGUCAUUUGGAGAAGACAUGCCAAAGUCCCGGGAACAGGGAGAUUAGUUCUGAUGUUUACAAUUUGUUGGAGGCUUGUGAUGACUAUAGGGAAGAUUUCAAUGCAGAGUCUAUACUGGACGACGAAAUUGGGGAAGGAAUCGACAGCAUCAUGGGGAAAUUGAGCAUGGAAAUCAGCCCCACCCAUCCGAGCAUUUGCGCUAGCAGUUCUCAUACGAACAGUCUAUACAGCUAUCCGGUUGGGGUCGGUUUAGGAAUUGAUUUUGGCUGUGGAAUUAGAAGAGAAAUGAGGGCAAUAAGAAAUGUCGAUGAGGGAGAUUGGUGGAGGUAUCCUACUGUCGUCAAUGUGGCUGAUACAACCAAAAGGAUCACCCGAAAAGCUGCGGAAAAUAACAACUCUGUAACGGUGAAGGAGCCGACUACUCAUUCAAAAGCAGGGCUGCUGUUGAAACUCAACCACAACAAUGUUUUAAGCCAAUGGGCUGGGAAAGGCUCUCCAUUCGUCGAUGGUUUUCCAGGGAGUGAUGUCCAUGCGAGGUUAGCGCAGAUAGAUUUGUUCCCCGAGCAAGAAUCCGGAGGCAGAGGCAGAGGCAGAGGCAGAGGCGUUACAGUCAAUAAGGAAAGAGGCUGCAAGCGAGCCUCGUCCAAGAAAAUCAGUUGCCAAGUAAGAAAAGCCAAACCUGAUCAACGAUCCAGCGCGAGGGGAAGAUGUGUGAGAAAGCCAAACUGUGCAAAUGAUGGAUGAUGUUCAUUUGAAGAUCAAAGAUUACUUUAUGCCUCUGCUCUGUGUAGUAGUCUUGCACAAAUCCAGGUUCAGCUUAUUAUUUUGCUUUUGCCUAAAUAUUUCAAUUCUUAAUAGUAAUAAUAAUAAUAUUAUUUUUUUAAAUAUGUAAUUAGGGAGUAGGGGGAUGUAAGAAUUUCCCCUUUUUGCUGGUGCUGCUACUGCUUUGAACCCUUUCUUGAUGAUAUUUAAUCUCAAAUUUGUAUAUCCAAUAAAACAAACCAAAUAUACUUGGCAGGAUUUCAGAUUUCGCUCAUGUAGGAAUUGUAGUAAUAAUAAUAACAACGAAGUUAUUGUAAUAUGGAUUAAUUGUUGCUUAUGUUACUUGGCAUGAUGAGAGACAACAUUAGUUCAUUU